UAACAAGCUUGUUCAGUUCGUUCAAGUCAUAUAAAUUAGGAUCGGGCUCGGUGACAUGUUCGAUGUCGCGUGCUGUUGUUUACGUCCGUAACUAAGGUAUCUAUAAGGGACAUAUUAAAGAAGACGUAUAUUCUGCGUGGUAUUUGGAUAGUUUGAUGUUUCAGUGAGGACAUUUAAUUGCAUUUUAUGACGUGGAUAUUAAAACUGUAUACACCGCCUAGUUUUCUGCGCAUGUGUUGUUAUUGUUGACAAACGAAGAUUACAUUCACGGGUACUGAUCGAGUUCACAUCUUUGAUGUCGUGAUUUCGCUAAGAGACGACCGUAAUGUCAGCAGCGGAGAAAGGAUUAGUCCUACUAGUGUUCGUGUUUCCCUUGAUUUCAGGGCAGAUCAACAUCCGGUUGAGUGGUACCGGAGCUACAGCUAACCAGGGGCGGGUAGAGGUGUUGUACAACAAUACCUGGGGGACCGUGUGUGAUGAUCAGUUUGAUACAGCGGACGCCUUGGUAGUGUGUAGGAUGCUGGGUUUUACAGAUGGUGGAACAGCAAUAACGAAUGGAACAUUCGGCCCAGGAGUAGGACGGAUAUGGAUGGAUGAUUUGAACUGUGACGGGACAGAACAGUCAAUCGACAUAUGUCAGUUCUCAGGAUGGGGCAACACUAAUUGCGGUCACAAUGAAGACGUGGGGGUGCAGUGUCGCACAUCCGGUGUGACUGCAGCGCCGACAGGACAACCAACCACACGUGCUCCGGCUACUGUCCAGCCAAACAACUGCACAGCAACUGCUGCUCCAACUGCCCCACAACAAUGGGACGUGCGGAUUGUAGGCCCUACGGAUCAGAGAGGACUGGGCUUUGUAGAGAUUUACUACAACAACCAAUGGAGCGCCAUCUGUGAUGAUCGCUGGGGUACAUCCGAUGCUCAAGUGAUCUGUAGGAUGCUAUGUUUUGACCCUGUAGAUGCUCGUGCCGGUUCCCCUAUUGAAAUUAAUUACGUCCGUCCUAACGUCAGCUCGACGUACGCCUUGGAUGACGUAGAAUGCCAGGGUACAGAAAACAGAAUCCAGGAUUGUACUUAUAAGACUGGCGCCCAGAUUGACUGCAGUGGGUCGGACGAAUAUGCCAGUGUAGCCUGUACCAAAUUAGACAACUCCCCACCCAUCCCCCCGAUCCCGACCCUAGAAUGUACUAACGGAGAGAUGAAGGCUUUGUUUAGUCGUGAGAACGAUAAGAACUUAGAAGAGAAGUUCCUGUCGCUGUUUGUCCCGCCCACUGGUGUGUGUAACCUCGUCAAGUCGACGGAUGUCAACUUCGUGUCCAUUAGUAUCCCAUUUGGUGAAUGCGGCACCAUCGUCACGAAAAAUGAUUCACAUAUAAUCUACACCAAUGUUAUUCGCUAUGAUUACACAUCGACUGAGGGGAACGUCUACAGAGUAAACACCUACCGAGUGGAAGUCUCGUGUGAGUUCCCUCGAGAGUUGGAUACAGACCAAGGAAUGAUACCGCAGACAGAAAGAGUGACACAGAAAGCACCUGGAGUAUUUAAUAUCAAAAUGGACUUCUUUCAGAACAACUCGUUUAACAAUCCUAUAGCGGAUUUUCCAUUAAACCUGACUCUGGGAGAAUGGCUCAACGUCGCCAUAACAUUAGAAAGCAUUGAUUCUAACCUUAAACUCGUUGUUCCCGACUGCGUCGCGACACCGACUACUGCUGAAACGGAUCCCACUAAUUACCCACUGUUUGAAAACAAAUGUCAAAAUGACCCAACGCUUGGAUUCUUUCCCUUGAAUUCGUCUUCUUUCGGCUAUCGUUACCAGACAUUUAAAUUCGUCAACUUUGACCAGGUAUUCCUACAUUGCAAAGCUUUCGUGUGUCUGCUGUCAGAGAAAGAUGCCGAAUGUGACAGGAGCUGCAAUUCAACGACGACUGCUACAACCACAGCUUCCGGACGCAGACGACGAGCAGCCAUAUCGAGGCCAACAUACUCGAAACAAAUCUACCACAUUUCCGGUCCAGCCAUGAGUUUUUAUAGAAAAGAUACUGAUAAUACAAUUAUAAGACAAUGGAAUAUUACUGCCGGUCCGCAAACAACACUAGUUACGACAAGCAGCUUAAAACCUACUCAUUCAAAAGCACAACCAUCUACCCAAGGAACACAAAUGCCAAAGACAACAACAAAAGCUAGGCCACCUGCAAUAACAACAAAAGUGUCUACAACUAAAGCAGCAAAGACAACAACAACAACAACACAUAAACCAGGGACAACAAAGCAAACAACAAAACCGACAACCGCUAGAGUGGCAGAGGCAGCAACAACGAAGCCACCAGAGACCACAACAAAGCCAAAUUACACACCCGAUGUUAAAGCUGGGAAAGUCACAAAUGCCCCAACAACACGUGCACACAGUGCUGCCAAAACAACACCGAAAGCGAAGCCUAUCAUGAACAAAAACAAGUUCGCUGACUAUCCGAUAUCUGGGAAAUUAUCGGGAACUAGUAAUAAGCUUUCUAAUUCUUGCCCAAAGCAUUUUGACAUUUUACAUUUUAUUUUAUAUCAGUUUAUAUUAUUGUUUGUAUUCUAUCUUUUGUAGAUUGUUAUAUUUGAUAGAGGUACUUUUUUUUUUAGAUAUACAUGUAUCUAUAUAGACUGUUACGUUUGAAAUUGCUCAAUUUGAUCGAUGGUACUUAAAUUGUGUAAAUAAAUGACCCUUUCUAUUCCCGUCUCUCCUAAGCUGGAUUUGAUUUCAGUUAAGAUUUACCACAAUUACGUCACAUCUGCCGCGCGUCAUCACAUGCUGCUUUGGUCCCCUUUUGCACAAGAAUGUUUGUGGACUCUAUUAAACAUGCACACGUAUUAGCCGUCAUUGUUUGCCAUGGUUUUUUUUAUCCCGUGUUGAUUGAAAUAACAAUCUUGUUCUGAAUCUCUUUAAUGUAAAACUAAAUUCAUCCGUAAUUUUAAAAUGAUCCAGUUUCUUUUUUUACUUUCAAACUACAUGCAUUAGACAAAUUGCUUCAGUAAUGAAUACAUAGAUAAAUUGAAGACCUUGAAAUAGAGAGUAAGAGUUGCAUGUUCUUAUCUAGCUGUGAAGGCUGGAUGGGUUUGGGUUAGGACUUGUAUGUCUCUUGUAUUUACUCUGUUUCAACUUCAUUGUUCAAUCAUGCAGUACAAUGUACCGAAGAAUAAAUGAUGUUUUAAGAAAUCUA